AUGUGCUUUGCCCUUCUGAUGAAGUCCAUCAAGCACCAGGAGCUGGAUUCUAGCUGGCUCCUGCCACCUUCAUCUGUUUCUUUUAUUGGAAAACAUGGCAGCCCAGAUGGAAAACGUGGUGAUGACUCCCAAGCAAUUCUGCUUCUCCUGAAAAAGAAGUGGGUGCUGAGCAGGAUGCAGCAGCCAGCUCCUCUGCCAUAUACAUCCCAGGCCAGCCUCACUGCUGACUUGUACUGUCCACACCGUGUCAUUGAGGAUCCCGAGUGGUCCCUCAUCACCGUGCCCCACCUCACCGAGCUCUGCCUCCAGCACAUCGUUCACCAUUUUGAAGAGAGCCCUAUUUUAGACCGUCUUCUUCCUGAGCAUCAAAGGAAGGUGCUGGACAGGCUCUCCACUGGCCUCCCGCUUGCUGUGACUGCCAACCUAAUAAGUGAUGAGGACUACUGGAAGAGGUGCUGCAUGGAGCGCUGGCAAGUGUGUGACACCUCGAACUAUGGAGACAGCUGGAAACGGAUGUUCUUUGAAUGUCACCUGGAGAACAUCCUGAAACGUUUCAUCCCCAACACCACAGACCCCAACGAGGUCCUAGAGCUCAUCCCGCUCUGCAAAGACUAUGUGCGGAAACUGGAGCUUGAUCAGUUCCUGCCACCUGUGCAGAUGGAUCAAAAGGAGGACAGGGAUGACCUCUCUGAUACAGGAAGUGAUUUGGGGUUCAGCAAGGCCUCCAUGCAUCACUACGACUUGGGAGUCCUCAUUACUGCUCUCCCUCACCUUGAAGAACUUCAUCUCACUUAUGGCGUGAAGGACUGCGGCAUGAACUUUGAGUGGAACCUCUUUAACUUCACCCACCAGGACUGUCACAAUCUGGCUGUGGCCCUGAAGAUGUGCCACAACUUGAAAGUCUUCAAGCUGACACGAAGUAAAGUAGAUGACAACAAGACCAGGCUGCUGGUCCGUAAUUUGCUGGAUCACCCCUGCUUGGUGGAGCUUGACUUGUCCCACAAUCUUGUCGGGGACGAGGGGGCACAGGCUGUUGGCAAGUUGAUCAAUCGCAGCAGAUUAGAAGCCUUGGACCUGUGUAACAACCAGAUCUGUCACGUGGGGGCUCAGGCUCUGGCCCGAGCCCUGGCUGAGAAUUCUACCCUGACAUCCCUGAACCUGCGCCUCAACUGCGUGGGGGACAGAGGCGGUGAGGCGAUUGGCCGUGCCCUGCUGACCAACACUACCCUCAAGUCCAUCCAUUUGGGAAGUAAUCACCUGUCAGAGCCAACCGCCACAUGCUUCUCCCAGGUCCUGGCUCAGAACACCACCCUGACGAGCAUCAACUUCUCCUGCAACCACCUGGGACCGGAUGGUGGGAAGCAGCUGCUGGAAGGGCUGGUGGAUAACAAGGCUUUGACUGAGCUCGAUGUCCGCCUGGCAGAGGUGGGCCAGGAGACCGAAUACCUCAUCCACCAAACAGUGUGGGCCAACCGGGAAGCGGCGAGGCUGGCAUUUUAG